GACGGGCCGGUGCCUAGACGGGCCCCAGCUCUCCUUCGGGUUGUCCCAACAGCUUCCGGACCGACGGCGUUCCCGGAGCGGCUGCUGCGGGGGCGAUGUCUCACCGGGCUCUGCGGCGGCUGCGGGGCGAGUGGCGCGGCCAGGGGCUGCUAGGCGAGGAGCCGGAGGCGCGAGGCAGCGACGAGGACGAGGACGAGGAGGUCGCGGGGGACCAGCUGCCGCCCCUGUGCGGCGGCGGGAGGCGGCGGCGGCGGGGCCCGCGGAGGGAGCCCUUGGAGCGGGUGGCGAACCCCUUUGAGCUGAUAAACACCGAAGGACUGGAUGAGGACCUGGUAUCUAAAGAGGAGACUGAUGACUCCCGAUUGCAGGAAGGAGGCAACCCUACAACUGAAGAGGCUGAACCUGAACUGCCGGAGAGUGACAAGAGGGGGGAGGGGGGAGAGGUGGAACAGCUGGACCAAAUGUCUACUGCAAACAACAAAUCACGAAAGAAAAAGAAGAAAAGAAAGAAUAAGAAGAAUCCUUCAGGCGAGGCUCUGUUCCUUGGAGAUGAUGACCAGGUGGAAAAUAUUGAAAGCAUUUUGCUGAGCAUUGAGAGUUCCAGUGGGCCCCCAUGCCAGAGCCAGAGCAGGCUGGCGACCGAUAAUCGGCCUCUCCUUUACAUCGAACACAGGAGCCUGAAUCCAGAGAUGGAGCUGAAGAGAUACUUCGGAGCCCGGGCGGUUCUGGGAGAUCAGAGGCCAAGGCAGAGGCAGCGCCAGUAUGUACGCAGCACAUGGUUGACAGCACCCAAGGACACCUGGCCCCGUCAUAGCAAAACAGGUAUAUCCAUGGUGCUUUUAGAAACAAGGCAUGGGGAGCAACACUUUGCCUUUGAGCACAACCGGGAGUACCAGCUGGUGCAGUUCAAAUUCUUGGAUGCCGUGGAGUCGAUGGACCCAAACAAUCUUGUGCUGCUGCUCCAGAUGAAUCCUUACCACGUGGACUCACUCGUGCAGCUCAGCGACGUGUGCCGGAUGCAGGAAGACCACGAGAUGGCCAGAGACCUGAUUGAGAGAGCCCUCUACACCCUGGAGUGCGCCUUCCACCCCGUCUUCAGCCUCACCAGCGGCACCUGCAGGCUGGACUACCGCCACCCGGAGAACAGAGCCUUCCAGCUGGCCCUCUUCAAGCACCUGCUCUUCCUGGAGAGGAGGGGCUGUCCCCGGACUGCCCUGGAGGUCUGCAAACUCCUCUUGAGCCUCGAUCCGGAGAAUGACCCGCUCUGCAUGCUGCUCCUGGUGGAUUUGCUGUCGCUGCGAGCAAGGGAGUACACCUUCCUCACACGCCUGUUCCAGGAAUGGGAGGUGAGCAGAGCCCUCAAAGGAGUGGGGCAGUGCCCCCCCUUGCCCCCCCUUGAUCCCCUUUCUGGGCCAGAGGGGGACCCCUUUCGGCCAUCUGAUGCCCUCGGGCGCCCCUCUCUUCUUCUGCCCUGCUUCCUGUCAGUUGUCCCUUCAGCCCUGAUGCCCCUCCUGGACCGGUGCAGCGUGCAGCCUGACCCCGUGGUGGCCUCCCAUCCCUUCUUUGGACUGGAAGCCCAGCUGAGUGUGCCUGCAGCGCUCAGCCAGCUGGUCUCCCUCUACCUGGGGAGGAGCCACGCCCUCUGGAAGGAUCCCGCCGUCAUGGCCUGGCUGGAGACCAACGUCCACCAGGUGCUGCGGGUGGUGGAUGCCAAGGAGCCCGUCCUGGAGGAGGCAGAACAAAAGCGAAAGGCAAGAUACCAAAACGCGCCCCGGAACGUCUACCGCCACGUGAUCCUCUCGGAGAUCAGGGAAGCCACGGCCGCCUUGCCUCCGGAAGUGACCGCCCAGCCCAUCAUGGGGUUCGACCCUCUGCCACCCCUGGACUCGAUGGCUUCCUACUCGAGGCCCGAAAGGGCGGCUCAUCCAGCCAACGAAAGCACUUUAUCCCUCUUCUUUCGCUCCCUGCUGCCAAACUUCAACCUGCAGGGGGACAUUCGCGCCGGAGGAGAAGCCGAGCCGGGUGCCGGGCAGAACCUCAACCAGGGAGUGAACCGGCUGAUGGCGGCCAUGCGGGACAUGCUGGCCAACAUCCAGUUCCAAGAACCCCCCCAAGAUGACAACCCCGAGGGCGAUGGGGGAGACUGGGACUGAAUCCUGGCGCCCCUCCCUCCCCCACACACACAAUAAGCAGGUAGAAGCACCUGGAGCAGCCUCUGUUCUUCACCUCUGCACGCACCUCUCCGUCUUCCCCAUCAGGAAGGGGGCACCAGCACGGGACAGCAUUUUGGAAGGGAAACUUCACUUUUUAAUUAAUAAAAGUUAGGAAAA